CUUAUGGCUGCGCCUUACGCCAUCAAUUAACGUCUUCAUUUUCUCUUAACCUCUACUCUCUGAUCAUGUUUAUAAAUUACUCAAUAAACGGAAACAAUGCGAGAGAGAGAAAUUGAAAGAACCAGACAGGGCACUGCUAGCUCUUCUCUUUCUCCAAACAAGCAAUUUCUCUACUUAAAAUUAACGGAUUCACGUGCUCGAUCACCACCGCCAUUGAUCCUUUUCAAAGAAACCACUCGGCGUUUCAUUUUUCUCUGUCUUGAAUGGGAGACACAGAGAGUGGCAGCAGCGGAGCUGUAGAUUUCGUGCCUCGAAACCAGAGGCAAAAGCUUGAUGUUUUUAACGAUGUUCUCUACCGACUUAAAGAAUCGAAUGAUGAAGAAGCGAGUCGUCUUGGCUUUGAAGACGAACUCUGGGCUCAUUUUUGUAGAUUUCCUACUCGAUAUGCCAUGGAUGUGAUUGCGGAGAGAGCAGAGGAUGUUAUUAUGCAUAAGAGAUUGUUGCAGAUGGCACAUAAUCCAGCUACUCGGCCGGCAAUUGAAGUGCGACUUGUUCAGGUUCCUUUUCAAUCUGAUGGACAUUCCGGUGAUUCGGUAGAUUCAGAAUUGCAGCUUCAAUAUUUUGAUUAUCUUGGCAAACAUAGCAUUCAUCCACCACCAGCCUUUGGUUCGUUAUCCGAUUCUGAACCUCUUCAUAAAUAUCAGGAUAAGGAUAUCACAGUGAUUACCGGGCCACUUUGCUUCCGGCUGGUGCAUGAAAUUACAAUUUCAACUAUUGAUAAGCCAAAACUCCUGAGUCAGCUUACUUCCAUACUGUCUGAGAUCGGGCUCAACAUUCAAGAAGCUCACGCCUUUUCCACAAUAGAUGGCUACUCCUUAGUCGUGUUUGUUGUUGAUAAUAUGGCACUUGAGGACACAGAGCGGCUUAGAAGCAUGGUGUUUAAGGAAAUUCCAAAAAUCGAGGACACAGAGCGGCUUAGAAGCAUGGUGUUUAAGGAAAUUCCAAAAAUCGAGGAGGACGCUGAUUCGAAGUCACACGCGGUUUAUCGUGUUACGGAGCAAGAUCAAAUAGGAAUCAGUCUUGUCUCUAAUCUCAUGAAUGUCCCUGCUGAUUCAAUUGAUGUUUGGGAAAUUGAUGCGCGGCAGUUAAUACGCGAGAAAAAAAUUGCAAACGGAUCCAGUGGAGAUCUGUAUAAAGGCACCUUCUGCAGUCAAGAUGUAGCUAUUAAAGUGCUUAGGGGUGAACAUCUAAACAAUAAACUUCAGAGUGAAUUUUAUCAAGAAGUCUCUAUCAUGAGGAAAGUUCGUCACAAGAAUGUUGUGAAAUUCAUCGGUGCAUGCACCAGACCUCCAAGCCUGUGCAUCAUUACAGAAUUUAUGUCUGGUGGAAGCAUGUAUGACUUUCUGCAUAAACAAAAGGGAAGUUUAAGUCUUCAGUCUUUACUCCGAGUAGCAAUUGAUGUUUCCAAGGGAAUGCACUGCUUGCACCAAAAUAAUAUAGUACAUAGAGAUCUGAAAUCUGCCAAUCUCUUGAUGGAUGAAAAUGGAGUAGCUAAAGUUGCUGAUUUUGGUGUUGCUAGAGUGCAAGAUCAGACUGGUGUGAUGACAGCAGAAACUGGAACCUAUCGCUGGAUGGCUCCAGAGGUUAUUGAACACAAACCAUAUGAUCAUAAAGCUGAUGUUUUUAGUUUUGGCAUUGUGCUCUGGGAGUUGCUUACUGGAAAGCUUCCGUAUGAGCAUUUGUCUCCAUUACAAGCCGCAGUUGGUGUGGUCCAGCAGGGUCUAAGACCAUCAAUUCCAAGCCAUUCACAUCCCAAAUUGGCGGAACUGCUUGAGAGAUGCUGGCAGCAAGACCCAUCUUUGAGACCUGAUUUCUCUGAAAUUGUAGAGCUUCUACAGCAGUUAGACAGGAUGGUUGCUGAUGAAAGACAGGACAAGCAGAAAGGAAAGUCUCCUAGAGCUAGAAGAGUUGUAACUGCAAUUAGAGGAGACACACGGUGAUGCUAGAAGUACAUAUUUCAUCCAUCACAAUGCUUGCUUUUGUUCAAUCAGGGUUUGGUGCUCUUCCUUGAUGAAUACAAAUACAAAUACAAAUACGUCUACACACACACCUUGUCGGUACAUAUAUAAAACUGUCGGAGAUAAGCACGUAUGUUCCCUAACCUUGAAGUAGGACUGUUGAUCUUAUAGUUGCUCACCAAGUGUAGAGCUUAGCUUUAGUUUGUGUUGUCCAAGCUCUAGGGUUGUGUCGGUUUUCAGCCAGCGAGAGCGUAGACAUUAUGGAUGAAGUGUACAGUGAACUGCUAGUUCUUUAGAGAUAGGGUUUUUUAUUUUAUUUUUCCUGUUAAAAGCUUUGGAAUUAGGAGUUAAUGCUUUAAUGAAUUUUAAUAUACCUUCAAGGAGUGAUAAAAUCCAAGACAAGAA